AUGUCGCAGUCCGGUUCAGGAGGGGUGAACGAUAGCCAGGAGCAGAAUCAGGUCGGACAAACGAUGGAGAAUCAACGGACAGCGUGUCAGAACGGUCGAGCAGAGCCUCCUGCCGAUAACACCAAACAAGAUUUGUCCAACGGCUUUGAAAAUCGAACCGUCGAAUAUGAGAGAUUCUCUCAAGACAGGGCUCAACAGAAUCAGCAGGCCAGCCAAGAGCAACAACAACAACAACAGCAAACCCAACAGGCUGUUCAAUAUGCGACCGGAAGAAAGCAAUCUAUGGUUGGUCUCCCUGAAGAUAGACACCCUCUGUCCGGUCAACUUCCACCCCAACAGUACACCCAAGAAAAAUCUAGCAUCGACAGAACGCAACACGUCUCUCAAACUAGCACACAAACUCUACCGGUCCAAGCACAGCCUCAGUUCAUGCCUGAUUACGAUCAAACCCAGUACACGCAGAUACGAAGUCAGUUUGAGGUGAGACCGCAAAUAUAUGCUCAACAAGCUCAAUACGCAGAGAGAGCCGGUUAUGUGACCAGGGACGUCACGUACAGAGAUCCCACGUUGUACCAAGGUGGCGCAGCGAAUCCUGUGUUCACUGGCCAAGGUCAGUACGUAACGGUUCAACACGGAUCACAGAUUCCCUCUCAAUCCGCUAGUCCCCAGCCGCCGUAUUUUUCAAGCGUUGUCGUCCCCCAACCGCCUAGUUACGCUCAAUUCAGCACGCAACCGCAAUAUCCGUAUAGUCAGUAUCCUCAAACGGUGAUGAACGCGGUACCGUACACUCAUCACGCAGGAAUUUAUCCGGCUCAACAGUUCGGCCAGCAGUCGCCGAAUCCGCAGAGAUUUUCCCAGGAAUUGGGACAGUAUCAGACACAACCGAUCAUACAACCAAUUGCUCAGAACGUAGGUCAUGGAAUCACGAUCACAACUACCGAAAGACCGAGUCGUGGACCGAAACCGAUGGUUCCACCGCGUGGAAACUCCAAGAUCACACACGACACCGGGCACAGAAAGUCUGCCAGCGUGGAUGUGCAAGGAAUGCAAAAGGCCAAAUACGAUCCUAAUCAGAAUCCUCCGCAGGAGCAGAUUCAUCGUAGCGACGGGGCAAUUAUUGUACAAGGUACGCAGAUAGUGACCGACGCCCCGGACAGAAGAUAUCUGACGGCUAUUAAUCAAAAUCCUAGAACUCGACAGGACGGUCUGUACGUGGACACGAACGGAGAUCCACCGGGACGGGAAAAAAUGUGCGAAGCCGUGGCGGCUGAUUGCGGGCUGUAUGUGACCAGGCCUGAGCACAGGAAAUCUAUUUCCGUGGACGUUACAUCGAGUUUCCAACGUCGAAACGACACGAUUACUUUCACGUUUCCCGGCGAUACGAAUCAAGAAUUAUUGAUGCCGUCUAGGAAGGCCGGAACUAUAGUCGAGCCGAAACGAGUCGAAGCCAAUCAAGUGUAUCCGCCUGAUCAAAGGCGAUUGGAUACGAGCUUAAGAGUAUCACCGAUGGCUUUUGAUACGAGACAGGAAAAUAGGAAGAGCAUAGGAGCUGAUAGAAAACCCGAAUGGGGUAACGUGAGCCCUAAUCAAAGAGUGGCGAUGCCGCAAGAAAACAGACGAUCCGAUUACUUCGACGAACAUAGGAGAUCACCUAACCAAUCCCCUAUGCCGUUCAUGCCGAUUCGCGAGGGAUCUGCGGAUCGGGCUGGACAAAAGAGUCCGUCGUUUGUGAAUCAGAAUUUCGAGAAAACCAGACAGGAACUGGCGAUAUGGGCGGAACAAAGACAACGUCAGGAACACGAGAGAAACAUAAUACAGAGUCAACUGCUCUCUACCAGUCCACGUUCGCGUAAUCAAUCCGAGGAAAGGAGAGAUGCCAGACAGAUGCAUCAGACGGAGGAACGUAAGGAGGCAAGAAUGACGCAGUCCGCCUUUCAACCUAUACCGAAUAUCAGUCAAAGCACAAUAAUGGAACAACGCCGUCAUUUACGACACGUCAGUGCUGAUCUAACGAAGCAUAUGGAAUUAUCGAGGAAGGAAUUCGACGAUCAGCCCAUUAGUGGUUCCGUAGCUAAUCUUGGACCGCCUACUAGUACAGUUCCCUCUCAACGAACUAGCCCUAAUAUAUGUCACCAAUAUCCAGCCCUUAGCGAAGCAAAAUUAGAUACUAAGACUGUCCUAACUGUAGUAACAGAUUUCAGCGAAGCUAAUUUAAACAAGCCGAUCGAACAAGUCGAUCAUAUAAUUCACAGCCAUAGGAAAAGCCACAAUAUCUCGACUAACCUGUUGACUCACAGCAAGAGCCAAACGGAUAAUCUCCAAAGUCAACUGGACACGCAAGCCGAAAAAUCUGAUACUCUACAGGCGCAGCAGCAACAGCUGCAAAACCAACAGAGCCUCGACUUAAUUUCAGAGAAACUCAGCCAGUUUGAACGUCAGCAAAGCGAUCUACAAGCGAAGAUACAGUGUCUACAGAAUCAGAAUCAGAUCCUCGACAAAGUCGCGCAAUUUCAACAUCAACAGAGCGAUCUGCAGGUACGCCUGCAGAGUUUGCAAGCUCAGAAUCAGCUUUGCGAUAAAUUACCAAGAUCCACUGAUUUCCAACAGCACUCGAUCGCUAAUGAAAUCCACCAGAUCCAAGCAAACUCAUUGCCUAACCAUCAGGAACAGUCGGCUGAUAAGAGUUGCUUGUCCCAGAGCCAGCAUGCGUCACAUAGUCAUCAUCAAACGUUAUUGACCGCUUCCUAUUCACAGAACUCUAAUCAUCAAUCCUGCCAAUCGUCUGUCUGCGAGAAACUAUCGCCUAGGCUUCAACACGAUACCAACGACCCGAAUUCUAUUCAGAUACCGAACAUGUCACAGAUACCAUUACAGUGUCUGCCACAAUUCGAGCGCGCCGACACGUCGCGUACUUCGUUCUCUCAGUUCCAUCGACUUCAAUGUCAGCUAGACGGCCACGAGGGGGCUUCAGCACCACCUGGUGUUGCCUCCGUCGUUUCAUUCACCGGUACGUUGAAGAAAGUACCGCCGGAAAAACCACCGAGAACGUCGUUGAUCGUUCAGUCACCUGAGUCGGAGGUAAGAGCACCAAUCAUCGAACCAAUGUCGAUGUUCUGCAUGAUGUGA